AUGAGUUCAUUGGACAGACUCCCCAUCGAUAUUUUGGAACUAAUCGCUGAAAAAUUAGCUGAUCACGCAGGCCUUCUCCGGUUUGGUGAUAUCAGUAGGAAAUUUCGCUCCAUUGUUGUGGACAACCUUCAUCUGCUUCCGUCAAAAUUACCUUUGUGCCUCUGUGUCCUCCCUAGUAAACCACCUCCCCUUCCAUUGCUAAUGCAAUGUCGCGACAACGAGUGGGAAAUGACCAACUUUUUUUCUCUCUCUACUGGACGAAAUCACGGGGAGUUUUUCGUGCCAGAAAUAAGAAACAAGUGGCCUGCAGGAUCCUCUCAUGGUUGGUUGUGCAUAGUGAAUACCCACGGCCGAGACAUUCAGCUCUUGAAUCCAUUGACUAGGGUCCAAAUCCCUCUCCCAUCUCUGGAUGCAUUCGAACAUCCUAAAGGCGGUUUCGCAGAUGGAGAUCAUGAUGAUUUUGGAUUUGUAGAGAAGGCUGUUAUAUCAUCAGAUCCUUCAAAGAAGAGGGGAAAUUUGGAUGAUGAUGAUGGUGAUGAUCGCAUAUUAGUCAUGGCAAUCAUCUCUCUUUCUCAUGUGCUAUCAUUUUGUAUGAUAGGAGACGACAAGUGGACUAAUGUGGAGGAUUCCCCGCUUCAUCUCACUGAUGUUGUCUACUACAAGGGUCAGAUUUAUGCUGUUAAUUAUGAGGGGAUAGUCGUCGUUUAUGAUUUUUCAGGCGACAAGAAGAUGAAACAAAUUGCAAAUUCACCGGAUUUCUUGUGUCCAGCUCAGAGAUAUUUGGUUGAAUCAACAUGCGGUGACCUGCUGCAAGUUGUAUGGGUGUACGAUUUUGAAGGUACGUGUAAACAAACAUCUGAGUUUUUGGUGUACAAGCUUGAAGCUGUUGAUGAACUCAUUGAGCCUGAGGAGUACCCUGUGUACUACACCAUCGGCUUCAGAAAACCAGAGGGGCAAAUUCAAGUUUAAGUGGGUUAAAAUGGAAAGCUUGGGUGAUCAAGCGUUGUUCCUAGGUCAGAACUAUUCGCUUUGUGUACAAGCAUUAAACUAUCAAGGAUGCAAGCCGAAUUGCGUAUAUUUUACAGAGCACGGUUUAGGGCAGAGAAACAUUCCACGAGGGCUUGUUGAAGAGGAGGAGAUGGAUGAAUGCUGUUUUUGUGAUAUGGGAAUAUAUGAUUUCGGUGAUAAAAAGUUUCAAAGGUUUAACAAACUAGAUGACAAGUACCCAGUUCCGCCCACGUGGAUAUCUCCAAAUCCAUGGUAGAUUCAUGCAUGAUUCAUCAUUUCUAUUUAAUUGCAUGCCAGAUUAGAUUUCCAUUUAUAUAGUGUGGUUGAUUAAAUUAU